GUCUGGCUGUGCCACAAGGUGGGCUCCUGGGUGCGGUCCUUCCGCCGCCUUGGCGACGUCCUGCUCCGGGCCGUGCACCGCAGGCGAAUCUCGCAGAAAGUUCCCGAGUACGGCCACCUGUUACUCGAUUCUUUUUACCCAGGACAGCGGCCGUCCGCCGAGGCUGCGAGAAGGGCCCGCGAACUGGUCGAGGAGAGCAGAAGUGCGAAGGACCCGCGCCAGUCUCUGCAGCUGCUCGCGGAGGCGGCGCUGCUCAAUCCCCCAGACCCCGAGCUGCACCUCGAGCGCGCGCGGGCCCACGAGCGCUUCGAGAGCUUCAUCGAGGCUCUGGACGAGUGCGAGCUGUGCGUCUCGCUCGACCCCAGCUGCGCGGCCGGCUGGCUGUGCAAGGGCCACGUGGAGCGGGCGUUGGGCAGAACUGCCGACGCGGAGCUGAGCUAUCAGGCUGGCCUGCAAGUGGAACCCUCCCACCCCGAGUUCGCGGGCCUGCUGGCGGCGCUGCGCGCGGAGCCGCCUCCCAAUCUGAUGAUGCAGCUGCGCGAGCUGAUCUCCGCUGGGCGGCUAGGCCUGGAGACCCUCUUCCGGACCGUGGAGGACCCGGAGAAGGUGACCGACGCCUUCGUAGAGUCCCAGAGAGAAGUGCUUGACGCGCAGAUGGGCCUGCUGGGUCAGACCCUGCGGGUGAACGUGGCCGUGCUCCUGGACUCUGCCAUGCUCUGCGACGCGUACGAGCAGAUCAUCUUCGCCUGCUCCCAGCUGGUGUCCGGCGCCCCUGGCGCCUUCUCCAGGUGUUUGCAGAAUGCGGAGCAGAUUAUCGAGGGGCUGAGCAUGGCGCUCCGGGUGGGGUGGCAUGUCCACCAUAGCCUGCCGAAGCUCGCCGCGAACGCGCUCGUGAUGCUGGCGAUUUGCCCCACCGCGGAGGACCGCCUGCGGAGGCUGGCGCUGAGGCAGCUCCUCGCGGGCAUGCUGCGCUGGCUGAUGGACGCUCAGCCGGAGGUGGACCGCGAGGUGGAGGAGGUCUGCGGCUGCGUGUGUUCGGUGCCCUGGAAGGCCGCCGCCUGCUUCUUGGACAGGCUCUUCGAAACUGGCAGGCCUCACCAGUGGGUGAAGGACGAGUGCGAGGGCUUCGCCGACAUCGUCCAGCUUUGCCAGUGGCUCACGCUUGCCGCCCGCGACUACCGCGCCACUCCGUUGGGGCUGGUGGCGCUCCUGCAGCUGCCCGGUGUCGCCAGGGCAGGAUGC